CAUUUUUACAACAACUAAAAUGCACAUAAUUACUUAACUGCCUCGUUAACCUAACAGUAACGCGCUUCGAGACUUUUAUUUUGACAUCUCUCCCGGAAGUUUAGCGCUUCCAACGUCUUGUUUUGACGCUCGACAUAAAGUAUUUAUUGUAAACUUGGGUCAGGCCGGAGAGACGCGGAGGACUGCAGCUGUUUUUACAGCUGACACCCUUCCAGCUGCUAGCAGGCCAGCUCUGUCCGGCUGCGAACCAACUUCCUGCAUGUGGCCGUAGGAGGAAGGGGAUUUCUGAGGCUUUAGCGGUCGCAGCUGCCGUCUGAUCGCGAUCCCCGUCUCCCCUCCGCGGAUGGUGCGGGGUGGGAUCAUCUGGAGAGGCCGUGGCAGACAUUUUACCCACGGUCUUCAGGAGCCUGGCAACUCGGACGGGGUUUACCUCCGCGAAGACUGUAACAAGAUUUUUGGGGAUACGAAAUGUGAAGAAAGGGCUCCACUUUUUCACCUUCUCUACCUAAGAAGUUGCCUGAUCUGACGUGUCCACAUCCUGACACCUUCCUGCCUCGGGCAUGCCUCAGCCGGGUAUGAAUGGGAUGGAGCCUGCAUUUGGCGAGGCCUACGGGGGCCACAGGGGCCUGCUGAGCACCUGCCCGCUGGCCAUGUCGCCACAAGGGGGCAGGACUGAGUAUGAUCAGAGCGUGCUCCUGAUGCUGGGCUCCCCAGCGUCGCCAAGGAAACGGCCCUUCGAGUUGCUGAGCGACCUGGUGGAUGACGGCGGUUUUGGCGAGGACCAGCAUCCGGAGCGCUGGGACGUGUCCGCGCUGGACGAGAUGGCCCGCUACACCAAGCUGGGCCUCGGAGUUGGCGGGGAGCUGCUGGCGUGCUCCGAGGACGCCAUCUUGAUGGGCCGCUGGGGGAGGAGUCGGGAGGAGGAGGAGGAGGAGGAGUGGAAGAAGAGGAGGGAUGGCUGCGCGGCCCCUCCCAUAACCCAGGAAGUCCAGGUCACGGUGACGGGGAUGAAGUCGCCGCGUGGUUCCAUUACGGUGGCAACACAGAGGGAGCUGUGCGCCGCCGGAAUGGGGAUGGGAGACGAACGCGACCAAGAGGUGUCGAGGGAGUGUACGGUGGAGGUAUAUCAGGUGGCACCUGAGGAAGAGGAGGGGCAAGAACAGGAAGCGGCGGCAGCCGGAUCAGGGCUGGCGCUGGAGCACUGCAGCGAGGAACACAACUACUCUCUGAGCCAGGGAGGGGAGAAGGCGGCCAGGCCGGCGCUCAGCGCUCCGCCGGAGGAGGCGAAGGAGGCUGAGGUUCAGCAGGAGGUGCAGGGCAGCGAGGACAGCCAGGCGAACACAGAGCUGGAGGAUGAGGAGGAGGAUGAUGAGGAGGAGGAGGAAGAAGAGGAGGAGGAAGAAGAGGAGGAGGAGGAGGAGGAAGGGGCGGAGGAAACGGCGGUAGAGGCUGAACUUUCGAGCUCCUCAGAAACUGAGUGUGAGGUGGAGCCCAAGCCAGCGAGGCAACCAGGCGAGCGCCCGGCUAAGCGUCGCUGUUUCUGGGAGUACAGACGCUCCCGGGAGUCGGCCACGAAGAAGAAGCUGGGCAGCAACGUCCACUGGUCUCUGUCCUGGAGCUCCAGCACGCUACCCAGCACGCUGUACCGCCGCGAGGGCAAGAAAGGGCGCCGCAAAGCGCGAAAAACAGACGCCAGCGACCUGACGCCCAACCCUCAGAAGCUGCACAACAUCGGAGAGCAGCUGCAGAAGCUCAACGCUGCCAUUAAGGGCAUGGGCCCGGUCAACGACCUGCCCGCCGUGGCCCGAGCGCGAUCCCGCAAGGAGAAGAACAAGCUGGCGUCCAGGGCCUGCCGGCUGAAGAAGAAGGCCCAGCAUGAAGCCAACAAGAUCAAGCUGUGGGGGCUCAACCAGGAGUACGAAAACCUCUUGGGAGCCCUGCUACGGAUCAAGGAGGUGAUCCGACAGCGGGUGGAAAGCAGUGAGGAGGAAGAUGGAGACGAACGUGGAAUGACCCAACGUCUCGAAGACAUCCUUAAAGAGUCCAGCGGUCCCCUAGUUGCUGGGCGGACCAAAGACUUUGUGCAAAGGAUUCUGGAUGCCAGCGCGAGCGGUCAGAACCAGCGUAAGGAGUCGCUGCAGGGCGGAGAUGAGUCGGCGGGUUAAACUACCCAGCACCUGUGUUUUUUUUCUCCACGUCCUCCCAUCCCAGCACCCACCUGGCCAAGCACCUCCUCAGCUCUCACAUCGGAGUGAGAGCAGAGCGGAGAAGAGGCUGGGAAAGAAGAAACCAACACGGGAGUUUGUUUCCACCCUGCUCUCCUUCAACAGCAGCACCCUGUCGCUGCAGGCUGCACCGCAAACACCACCAGGCUAGAACUGCUGCUGAUGUCUUUACUGUGUCCUGUCCGUCUGUGUGUGUGUGUGUGUGUGUGUGUGUGUGUGUGUGUGUGUGUGUGUGUGUGUGUGUGUGUGUGUGUGUGUGUGUGUGUGUGUGUGUGUGUAUGUGUAACAUACUGCAUGAGAGUGUAUAGUGCUUCUGUUUCCCUCCCUGUGCUGUAUUUGUAUCCCAUUGUGCCUAUGAAUAGACAUUGCACUGUUUUGUAGAUAGUCAUAGUUGUUGGCGGGUGAGUGAGCCGAGGGCAAGGGAGGGGAACACAGGAAGCUCAGAAACCAGGAAGUGAGAGGAGCCCGGUUUCAGAAAACACAGAAGUGGAUGGAUGUGUUUUCUCAUUCCUCUGAGCUCCGAUGAAAUCAUUUGAGGGACCCGGAAACAGAGGUCCGUUUGUUAAAGAAACCUCUGGAGCUUUAAUAAACCCUCGUCUCCCCAAAAUCACUUUUUUUUCAGUUCAUCUCCACUGCAUCAAAACGAAAGCAGAGCUAAAAACGAAAGUGACAACGGCACCUUAAUUUAAGCAGACCAAAGACGACUGUAACUACCCAAAUGCUGAAACAUCACAACCGCUCACAGACCCGCCGCGUCAACCCAUCACAAAAAACUAUCAAAAUACUUUGACUGUUGUCAUAUUUCUACAAUAAGUAAUUUUUUAAUAAAGUCAAAACAUUAAAAUAAUAAAGAUGCAACUAGGGCUAGGCAUUUAUCGUAUCGUUUACAAAUUUUGAUUUACUGUUGGUCUCGAUAAAUUUCAGUUGAUGCUAAAAAAAAACUGACAUGUUAUUUUUUAUUAUUUUCUCCCCUGUUUGUUAUUUCCACAACAGCAUAAACAAAUAUCAGUAAAUUCAAAAAUAUAAUUAAUUGAAGCCUCCUUGUGCAUUUUAGUAAUAAAAAUCAGAAAUUUAUUUGAAAUAGGAAUAUUUUUUAAAGAGCAGUAUUUGUGGCGCCAUCAAUUCUGUCCCUUCCAGUUACCUAAAGAAUAAGUAAUAAAUAAUAUUUUACCAUCUUUUUUAUUAUUAUCACAAUAGUUCCAUAAAAUAUAACAUCACCAACCCCUAGAUGCAAUAUUACCAGAAUAAAGUUGUUAUUAAAGAUGUUUGUUUCUUCUGUUUCUGUUUAAAGAAUCGUUUAAUGUCCUGCUGCUGAUAAUAAUUUGACGCUGCUGUUAAAAGAUUAAGUAUUUUCUUAUUGUACCAAAGUAUAAUUUUUUUUUAAUUUUAUCUUUCGUAGAAGUUCUCAUAAAAUGUCUACUUUAUUCCUAGUGUUACAACCUUAUUCUCAAAUUAUUUUAAAUUUAUUGUUUUACCAUUUUUUUCUUAUAAUAUUACAACUAGAGAUGAAAAUCUUUCAGUUUCCAGCGAUCGAUUCGAUUCAAUUCGAUUAAAAUUUUUGGGGUUACCUUGAAUUCAAACACGAUUUUUAAUUCAGAAAUAUAUUUUUUUUUUUUACUAGUUUUGUGAUUCUGUUUAAAUUAUGUGACUAAUAAGAAGAAACGACAAUCAAAUAUAACAUUUAUUUAAAACAACUUCCAUCAGUUUAUAUUUGCACUAAAAUAAGUUUGUGCACAAAAUUCUGUAACUUAAAUUACCUGUUUCAGGUUAGCUUAGCUGCGUGUCUUCUUAUUAAAUAAAAAAAACACCAAAGAAUCAUUUAAAAUAAGUACGGUGGCCGAGCGGACGCGUAGUGCGAUGUUUAGUUUAUUUCCAAAUAGGAGGAACAAAGACGUACAACUAAAACGCAUUUUGAGUUUCUCUUUACUGAACGAAGAAUAAACAGUAUUCUUUUAUACUGUUUAUUCAGUAUAAAAUAUACUGAAUAAAUUAAAUACAAAGAAAAUAAAUUUAAAACAAAGGCAGCAGAAAGAAGUAUGAACUUAUUUCAUAUUUCUAUUAAAAUUGAUUCUUGAGCAUUUUUGACCGUCUGUAACUUUAUUCUAAUAAUUAUGUAUUUUAUUAGCCUGGCUAAUUCUCCAUCGUAUAUUUGCUGUAGCUGCCACUGUGGAGCCUGAUGCUUCUCCGGUUUAUCUGCAGUGGCUUCAUUGAAACCCACAAAAGGGAAAAAGUCUACUCACUGCCUCCCCUCGCCCUCUGCUCAACCCCUGGCCUGGUUAUGUAGCGCAACUUCCUGAAUUGCAAUGACCAAUAGAGAAAACACUUGUAGAUCUAGACAGCAAAUAAGUCUAUUUUUUUGUUUGUUUUUGUCAAUGUUUCGAUUCUGUUGUUAUCUUGACGACGCGGCAGCCCACUAAGUGGGUGCUGCUCUUGAGGAUUUUUGAAAUCUGCCUUUGUCUGUGGUCUUUGCUGAAGCUGUAGACCAACCUGUCCAAGCUCUCUAAAAAUUAUUGGACACACAACAAAAAGAAAAGAUAGUCAAUAAUCCUUUGAAUUGCACUGUGGUAAGAGCAAAUAAGCACCUUUGAGGAGGGUUUUAAAUCCUCGAAAAGAGAAAAAAAAACAACUUUUUGGCACCUUUCUGCAAAAACAGAUAUUAAUUCAAAGACUUGAAGGUGCCUGCUGCUUCCAAGGAAAAGACAGUUUGGGUUUGUCUCAGUAUGGUGCUACUAUAUGAUGAAAAAAAAAAAUUACAGAAAUGCAAAUCUAGCAUGGAAGCAUGAGACAGUAACUGCUGACUGGGUUUUUGUCCUGCAAGCAGGCGCUGUUGGUGGCGGCUUGCUUGCAUAAUAAUGCCUAUCUGAAGUGCCUGGAGCUUAAAGCCACAGGGGCCUGUGUUAUUACAGCUGAUCCUGAUUUCUGUAAGCGUUACAAAACUCACCUACGACUGCCGUGCCACGCUUAAUGCUUCUGGGAAAGGAGAAGGAAUGUCUGGUGUCUCAUCGCAUGCCAGCCAAACAAGUAAAGCAAAAAUAUUUAAUGAAACCUACAGUCUCAGUAACAUCACCUCUGGGAAAGGUUAGGAAAGACGUUUUCUUCCUGCUUUUUCCCCGCAUAUGCAUCGCUCCAAAGCUGCUGUGUUCCAACUCAAUGCGUUCCCCUCCUGACCGAAAAGCAUACAGAAACAUUUCCCCUCCUGCAGAGCUUGAUGUUGGUCAUGAGAAAGCUGUGGUGGUGAAGUUCAUUACUGUUUCUGUAGAAAACGGCGUUGUAUGAAAGGCCCAAAAUGCAAAUAAGGACCAUCUAGAUCUAACGGAUUUGUUUUUUAUUUUUUAUUCAUGCGAGUUAUUUUUUUUUCCUUGAAUGGAAUAUUAUGAUCAGAGAGUCAAAUUUCAAAGUUAUAUUUGAUAUGCAGGACAUUCAAGUUGACAUGGUAACUGGAUGGUUGUUUCUGUAAUAAAAUUACAAGGCUAAAGUAGCAAUAUUUUGAGAAUAAACUAACAUGAGAAUAAAGUCGCAGUUGAGUGA